AUGAACGAAGAUAACAGCCUUAGGACCUUCUUACAUCUAGAAAAUGUGAAGGAAAGGUACAUUGUCGACUUGAAUACAGAGAAGCAGAAGUUUUCAUAUGAAGAAGUAAAUGAAGAAAUAGAAAGAUUGAUAAGUUUCUUUAAAAGUAUAAAUGUACAACCUGGAGAAGAAAUAUCUAUACUCCUUUUUAACAGCAUUGAAUAUGUAGUCUGCUUUUUGGGAGUAAAUUAUAAUAAAAAUAUAUGCCUCCCUUUGAACACCAAUUUAAAGAAGGAAGAGUAUGUGAGUUACUUAGUAAACAAUUGCAAAUAUAUAAUUAUACAUGACUAUGAUGAAAAUAACUUAAACUAUUCUUCGAUUAAAAAGAAACAUAGCUAUUACAAAUGUGUGUGUAAAUCAAUUGAAGAGCUAGGUGAGGAGUACAACAUUGGAGUAAUUAAAAUUAAAAAAAAUAGAGAAAAGCCACAUUUUACCUAUACUUUGUAUAACCCUACUGUAGUUAACCAAACUCAUGAUAAAAAAAUAGCAGAAAAGAAUGCCCAAAAUGGUGAAAACAAACUAGCGAAAAAAGAAAAGGAUGAUUUCUGUCUUCAUUUACACACCUCGGGCACGACUAGCAAAGUAAAAAUAGUUCAGCUGACAAAUAGAAAUAUUAAAACAAGCAUUGUAAAUAUUACAAGCUCAUAUGGAAUCAACAAAGAAGACAACACAGUUGUAGUAAUGCCAUUGUAUCAUGUACAUGGACUUAUAGGAGUAUUAAUGCCAAUCUUAUAUUCCAAAGGAAAUGUGCUUUUUCAAGUAGGCCACUCUUUCAGUGCAUCGGAGUUCUGGUCUAAUGUAGUGCAUUAUAACAUAACAUAUUUUUCAGCUGUUCCUACCAUUUUGAAAAUAUUGCUUAUACGAUAUGAGAGCGAUUAUUUUGUAAACGGAGUUAAGGUAAAGCACAAGUUACGAUUCAUCAGAACUUCAAGUUCACAGUUGGAUGAACAACUAGAAAAAGAAAUUGAAAAAAAAUUUGAGACAAAUGUGUUACAAGCAUAUGGAAUGACAGAAGCAUGUCAUCAAGUAAGUGCAAAUAAAUUUAUUUUUAUUGAUGAAAAUAAUGUACAAAUUUGUAAAAAGUAUAAAAGUGUUGGAAUUCCAAAUGUAGGAGUUGUAAUAUACAAUCAUGAGAAAAAAAAAAUUUGUGAUGAAAACGAGUUAGGAGAAAUUUGUAUAAAUGGAAAAAAUAUUAUGUAUGGAUAUAAAGAAAUGAAGGAUAAUGAUAAUAUAUGUGUGUAUAUAAAUACUGUAGAAGAAAAAACUCAUUACAUGGGGAGGAAUAAAUUUUUGGUAAUAGGAGAAUCUGUUCCCUUUUUUAAGACUGGAGAUGUAGGUUACGUAGAUGCAGAAAAUUUUCUAUUCAUUUCGGGACGAAUUAAGGAAAUAAUAAAUAGAGGAGGAGAAAAAAUUAUACCAAAUGAAAUAGAUAAUGUGUUGAGGGAUCAUCCUCUUGUAGCAGAUUGUUUAACCUUUUCAUUACCUGAUGAAGUAUAUGGUGAAAUCAUCAGUACUGCUGUCAUUUUGGAUCACAAAGGGAUAUUAUCUGAUGCUUCUCCAAGAGGAGAUACAACCGAAUGUGCAAAAACGAUUGAGACGAAGGUUUCUAACUCGUUAGUAAUCACUACUCAUGGUUCUACCUGCAUUGGUGACUCUUUCAAUCUGAGUGAAAGAAAGCCUAUAGUUGAUCACGAAUUCAAUGUUGAAAUGUCAAGAAAUUUAAAUUUGAUGCACUUCCAACUGAGAGAGGAAUUAAUCCAUUACAUGAAAAAGAAUUUAGCAGAUUUUAAAAUUCCAAAGAAUAUUUACUUUGUUAACAAUUUUCUAAAAACUGACACAGGGAAAUUAUCUCGAAGAAAAGUAACAGAAGGGGUUGAAAAUAUGAGAAAAGAUGAAUUCAGCAUAUUCGAUGUGAUGGCAUUAGCUUUAAAAAAAUUUCAUUUGGAUGAUUACAUAUACGGGUUGUAUGGAAUACCAGUUAAUAAAAUGAUUUACAGUUUUAUCAAAAACGGCAUUUACUACAUAAGUUUUCGAAAUGAAAUCAAUGCAUCCUUGAGUUGUAAUUAUGUGAAUUAUUUUGAUCUGAACAAGGACAAAAAAAAAAUAGGAAUUAUAUUAACAUGUUCAGGUCCAGCAUUUGUAAAUACAUUACCAGGAUUGUACAAUGCUAUGAUAAACCGCUUCCCAAUUAUCUACAUAUGUUUUGAAAAUUUUAUAGACACCAAUCUGACAGAAUUUGAAAAAUAUCACAAUUUUCAAUAUUUUCCACAAUUUAAUUUUCUAAAAAAAUGCAAGGAAAUAUGUGCAAAGGUAUAUCAGGUAGAUUCAUUAGAUUCAUUCAUCCAGCAUCUUUACGAUUCUGUUCGAAUCUGUAUGAGAACAAAAUCUCCAGUUUAUAUAAAUCUGAAUUAUAAGUUAAUUGAGAAAAAAGUAACCAUAGAUAAAGCAAUUGAGUUGCUAAAAUUGGCUAAUAAAUACGCACAGAUGUAUCACCUUUCGCUAAAUGUAGAACCCAGUUGUAUGACAGAAUCGUCUGCACAGGAAGAAAAGUCAUUCAAGGAGUUACUAGAAUCUGUACUCAGAAUUUAUGAGUGUAACAAAAAAGGAGUUAUAUUUUUAGGAACUAAUUGUAAUUAUGGUGUUAAGUAUGUGUUAAAAUUAUCUCUCCUUUUGAAAAUACCUAUAUAUACAAGUACAAUGGCCAAAUGUUUCAUUAAAGAAAAUUAUAUGUAUAAUGCAAAUCAGUGUAAAUCAUACCUCUUUGAAAAUAUUGAUUUCUGUUUUUCCUUCGGGACUGUAUAUAAUUUUUAUUUUAAUUUUGGAAAAUUUCCAAAUUGCAAAAAGGAAAAUAUGUUAUGUGUUGAUUUAAAACAUGACACACAUGAACGUGACAUACGUGAACACGGUACGUAUGAACACGAUAUGGGCUCCACGUGCAACCACUUUUUCUUUACUGAUUUGAACAAAAUUAUGAAAAGAAUUUAUUUUUCACUUAAAAAAGAAAACAUUACUGUGAAUGUGGAAGAUAGGAUGAUGUGGUUGACAGCCAUUGGAGAAGCUAAACAAAAGAAUAUACAUAAAAUUUGCACCCAAGUGGCAACUAAACAUUUUUCCGCUGAAAAUUUUACUAUGGAAGAGGCCAUACUUAUAAUUAGACAUUUUCUGAUAGAAUACUUAUUUGCACGGAAUGAUAUUCCAUCUGAGUACAAAAAGUAUUUCAUUAAUUAUUUGAAAUAUGUCGAUCGAAAUUGGGUAUUUAACAUGUGCAUAUCUAAUCACGAUGAUAUGUUAAGAUGUGAUACACAAGAUGUCGUGAGCAAGGGGACUAAUCGCCUUGCUUGUGAUGUACCAACAUGUAGGAAUUUCUUCUUCGAUUCAGACCAAGAUGUGCCACAAAAUGAUUGCGACCUUAGUGACAGCAGUUCAGAGGAUGAAGAAAAAGGAAGUUCAAAAGAUGUGCAUGUGAAGCAGAUAAAACAGGAUAAGACAAACUACGUUAUGGGAAAAGUAGGAGAAAAAAAGAAAAAUAAGUUUCUCACGAAAGAAAUAAAAAAAAGAGUUAUAAUCACAAAUGAGGGGUCGAUAACCCUACACUUAGGAAUAUUAUAUUUACCAAAAUUGGGGCCAUAUAAUUUUGUAAUACCUCAAAUAAAUGGAAUGAUGGGUGUAUCAAUGAAUGCAGCUAUAUGUGCAGCUUUAAAUAAUCCAAAAAAUGUCGUUUUCUCAAUUUUAGGAGAUUCUUCCUUUGGUUUUACGUCAAACGAAGUUGAAACAAUAUGUCGCUUAAAGCUAAAAGUUGUACUCAUUAUUUUUAAUAAUAAUGGUAUAUAUGGGGAUAGAGAUUUCCAAACAAAAAAAAUGAAUUUCACUCAGAUGGAGAAUCAUGAUAUCUAUUUCUAUCUACAAAAUCCUUCCGCUCUUUAUCAUUUUAGCAAGUAUGAAAAUUAUGUAACAUCACAUGGUGGUUAUGGUCGAUAUGUUGAUAACAGGGAGGAGUUUAUCAGACAGAUGAAAAUCGUGACAGAUGAAAAAUUUAACAAUUUUCCUGUAUUACUAAAUGUAAUUGUGCAUGAUUCGGGUUCAGUUAAAUUUGACGUGCACAAAUAUAUACAGUGA